AUGGACAUUGAGGGCGGGGUAUUUAUAGUAACCGGUUCAGCCACCGGCCUUGGCGCCGCCGUGGCCAGGAGGCUGGCCGGCAAGGGUGGACGGGUUGUCAUCAAUUACACCCGAAGCGAAAGCGAGGCCAGGGAAACGGCCGCUGCCUGUAAGGAGUUGGGCGGGGAAGCUAUCCUGUGCCAGGCUGAUGUUUCGGUAGACGAAGACUGCCGGCGAAUAGCCAGCGAAGCCCUGGCCCAGUGGGGCCGGAUCGACGGUCUCGUCAACAACGCCGCCCGGUCCAAAAUCGUGCCCCAUGCUGACCUGGAAGGGCUUACCGGCGAAGACUUUAACCAAAUCUUUGCCGUCAACGUCAUCGGUGCAUAUCAAAUGGUUCGGGCUGUGACACCGGCCAUGAAGGAACGAGGGCGUGGCGCCAUCGUCAACAUCUCAUCGGGUUCAGGCUUCAGCGGCUCAGGCAGUUCAAUCGCCUACGCCGCAUCCAAGGCCGCCCUCAAUGUCAUGACCUACUCCCUAGCCCGCGCGCUCGCUCCGGAAAUCCGGGUCAACGCCGUCUGCCCUGGCGUAAUGCAGACCCGCUGGUGGCGGGAAGGCCUGGGCGAAGAGAACUACAACACCUUCAUCGAAAGAUACGCCGAACGUACUCCGCUCAAGGCCGCCGGCGAUCCUGAAACCGUCUCCGAACCGGUUGUAUGGUUGCUGGAAGGCGCCGAACACGUAACCGGAGAGACCAUCAUGGUGGAUGCAGGGUCUCAUCUGGUUUAG